CUAAUCUCAUAAAAUUGGUCUGUGAGUGUGAUCUGUGAUAUAGAAAUUUUGAAUUCAAUGUUGUUUUAUUUGAUUUGGUUGUGCAUUAAUGAAAUGUUAUCACUAUAAUUAACUUUUAUUCAACGUAAAACUCAAAUCAACUGAUAAUUAAAGCGGCCAGAUACAUGUCGAAUAUGAACAGUUCUGCAGCUAAAGUAGGAGAAAUAUUUCGGGAGGCAGGCACUGCAUUCAACAAAUUAUCGGAGAUGACAAUGAUGCUACAUCCUAUGGCAGACACUCAGCCUGGGGGUAAAUGGACUGAAGAGGAGAUUGACAUGCUACGAUCAUGUGUACAUCGCUUCGCUGUUGACCUGAACAAACUCAGCCACCAUAUAAAGAGCAGGACAGUUUCCCAAAUCCGAACAACCCUAAAGAAGAAGGCAUUCGAGGACGCAGGUAUACCUGUGCGGCAGGUAAGCAGCACCGUGACCAGCGCCCCGCAGCCAGCCACGCUCCACCAGGUAGUCUCGCCACUGACCAUCAUCCAAGGAGUGUUAGGAAAUAAUGCCGAGGUGACAUUGAACAUGUUGAAUGCAUCGGAGAACGAGGUGGACGUCGAAGGUUUGACAGGCGAUGUGAAACUCGAGUUCGACGGUAGCUCUGAAGAAGUAGCCACAUGAAAUGUGUAUAGCUUCUGUUACUGUUCAAGUUAAUGAAACACUGUACAGGCUGUAAUUAGAACGCUAGCUAAAACAUAAAGCUAUUGUUAUACUACUUAAACACAAUCUAAUAGCAUAAUCUUUGCCUUCUACUUUAGUGAUUUAGUAUGUUUCAAACCCGCAAUGUAUAGAGUGCAAAACUCGGGGUGACUGCCCCGCAUACGACGUUGCAGUGACACCGCGUCCCGCGCCACCUAUCUGUAAAACUUUUAUUAACCUCUAGCGUCAGUCAGAUGUUUUAUUUGCAAUACAUUGGUAUAAAAUACAGAAUAUUUUUUUUGGAGUUUUUUAUGGCAUUUUUAACUGACUUCCACAAAAGGAGGAGGUUUUCAA